UAUGUUGUAUGUUGUUUUGCUUUUUUAAGGUCUGCCUAUCUAUCUUUGAAAUUUUUAUUUUAAUUGAAUGUUUUUUAAUAUGCCAGAGCCUCUAUUGUAUUUGUAACAGUAUAAAUAUCUCUUAUAUAAAACUUUUAUAAAUUAUGGCUAAUCAUUACGAAGUUCCAAACUGGGCUGGUAAACCACCAGUAGGCCUGCACUUGGACGUUCUCAAAGGUGACAAACUUAUUCAGAAGCUCAUGAUCGACCAAAAGAAAUGCUACCUUUUCGGUAGAAAUACUCAGAUGAACGAUUUCUGCAUUGAUCAUGCAUCUUGCUCCAGGGUGCAUGCAGCUUUUGUUUGGCAUAAACACUUGAAUAGAGCCUUUUUGGUUGAUUUAGGAAGUACUCAUGGAACAUUCAUUGGUAGUUUAAGACUUGAAGGAUACAAACCUACUCAGCUACCAAUCGAUUCUGGUUUUCAUUUUGGCGCAUCUACCAGAAACUACAUAAUAAGAGAACGUCCCCAAACUGGUAUCAGGCCAAUUAUCGACGAAAUUGAAAAGGCAGGGGAAGAAACUGAAGGAGGGCUUUUAGGACUUCCCGAAACUGAGACAGAAUUGGACAAUCUUACCGAAUUUAAUACAGCCCACAAUAGACGUAUAUCCAUGUUGGGUAUAAGCGAUGACAUAGAAAAACGAAAUAAAAAUCGCAAAAGAAAAAGAAACAUGGUGUCGUUUAAUGAAGACGAAGAAAUUAUUAACCCAGAAGAUAUAGAUCCUAGUAUCGGACGUUUUAGAAACCUCAUACAAACAACGGUUAUUCCAAGUGCAAAUAAAAGAAGUAAAUUUGGAGACAAUUUUGGCGUGGCCCAUCAUUCAAUGCCUGAAUUUAAAGUGCCAAAAGUAUUGCAUCAUCCUCAGCAUGAUUUAUACAAUGAUCUACCUCCUGAAACGCAAACAUCACCUAGUAUCGCCAAUAUGAGUAAUAUUUACAGUUCUUUAAGUUCAAGAUUGGGUGUAGGAUUACCAAAUCCAGCUCCAGAUGUAGACAUGGGCCUACCAACUCCCUCAACGUUCGCUCCACCACAAAUGCAAGUUCCAGAUACGAUGGAACCGAAAAAGAAAAAAUACGCCAAAGAAGCUUGGCCGGGAAAAAAGCCUGUUCAAACGUUGCUUGUGUAAACUUUUGGGUGUCUGUUUGAAAUGGAUAUUAUUUGCUCUUAUUUUUAAAAUUUAAAUGAAGUAAAAUAAAGGUACAUGACUGGGUGUAGAUUUAUGCUUGUUAUGUUGAAAUGAUGAAUUUUUGUACGAUAUGUUUAGAAACAGGGUUUCUUUUCAAAAAUUUUGCAUCCUGCAGGCAUAAUUAGGCAUAAGCUUUAUGAAAAAAAUUAAAUGUAAUAAAAAAG